GGUGGAGAAGCUGGCCAAUCAGGAAGCACAUUCCCCGCCAUUACUUUCGGCCCCGCCCCACCUGCAGUCAGAGUUUUUGUGAGAGUUGGCUGGCCAGUGGCUCUGAAGUGAGUGAUACAGGAUGAAUUUCUGGACUCAGGAGAAAGCAGAGAUGUUUAAGAAUAAUGUUACUGACCAUAAGCCAAACAUGGAAGCCAUAAUUAAAAACAUUAACAUGAUUUCUUUGGAGUUGAAGAAGAUGCAAGGACUCUGCAGCCAAGUCUUCACACCCAUUGCCUUUAUCACGUUAUCCCUGAUGGCCAGGCUGGAAUACAACCCAUCGAGCCUCCUAGACAUGGGUCAGAAUCACAUCGGGUCCCCAGACAGGAUUAUGCGCUUCCUCCAAGACCACUCUGCUGGAUGCCGCCUUCCAGGGCUGCGGCCUGUGGUCAGCACCAUAAAGUCAUAUUUGCAGCAGACAAUAUACUACUUUUUAUUGCAUCCACACACUGCCCUUACUAUUGAGAUCUUCAAGGGAGCUGGAGUGGGUUUUUGGGUAAUACACAGACCAUUCUUCAUCUUUCUAACGCUGGAGCAACCAAUGGAGAAGACUGAGGACCAGGUGUCCUACCGGUCUUAGGGGAAAAAGGAUCAAUUUUGAUUAAGGUAAGCAUUCCUCUCCAGAUCAUAUUACUAUAUUAUUUUAUCAAGAAUCCCCAACACCAACCCUAAAACUGGGUGUCUGUGGAACUUACUUUGAGAGACACGGCUAUAAGUGUCUGAAGCUUAGAUGCCUGCAGAAGCCAGGCAAGUAACACAAUGUGGGUUCACAAAACGCAGUGAGUUGUGGACACUGGAAAACUGAGAGACGUGAGGGCAACGGCAGAAACCACAUAGUAGUCACUAUACCCUCAAAUGCUUAGGAAGCAUUAAAAACAUAAUGGAUUUCAUUGGUGUCAGCAAUAGGAUCUCACACAUACAUGGGAUAAUGUAUUCAACUGAAUGUAAUAGAUGUGCUCCUAAAAAAAGUCUUCAUUCUUGAGCAAUGAUUCAAGUACUAAUAUGCUUUUCUAUUUAUAACACACACCGGUGUUCUUACAUGUGUAUUAUGACCAAAAAGGGGGGAGAGGGUUGUUCCUCACAGCAUUUAAAAAAUUUUCAAGUCAACCUUUAUGGGGGCACCUGGGUGGCUCAGUCACUUAAGCAUCAGACUUCAGCUCCAGCUCAUGAUCUCACAGGUCAUGAGUUCAAGCCGCA